UUGUUAAGAAAUCAUUUUUACUGAAGAGGUAGGCAGGGAAGAGAGAGAUGGCAGGAGGGAGGUAUUGUGAGAAGGAAGUGCUUCCAUUCACCGCAAUGGUUGCUGUUGAGUGCACCAACGUUGGUGUCAACGUUCUAUUCAAAGCAGCAACUGAGAAGGGUUUAAGUUACUAUGCCUUCAUCGCUUAUUCAUUUGCAGUCUCCACCCUUUUCCUCCUUUUGCCUCUGCCCUUCGUCUUUCGAUGGUCAAGGGGGCUUCCUCCACUCAAUCUGUCUCUCAUCUUCAGAAUUUUCCUCCUUGGAGUAAUUGGACUUACAGCGCAGCUUUGUGGAUAUAAAGGACUUAAAUACACUUCGCCCACUCUUGCUUCUGCUCUUAGCAACCUUAUACCGGCUUUCACCUUCAUACUAGCAAUCAUUUUCAGAAUGGAAAAGGUGGCUUUGAGAAGCCCAAGCACUAUGGCCAAAAUCUUGGGUUCGUUAGUAUCCAUAUCAGGUGCACUCAUAGUUGUUCUUUAUAAAGGCCCCAUAAUCUUAUCAACUUCUUCUCCACAACCUUCACCAACAACUGAUUCUCCAAUGGAUUCUACAUCUCAAACAAACUGGGUUCUUGGUGGAUCUCUACUUGCCAUUGAGUUUCUUUUGGUUCCAAUCUGGUACAUUGUUCAGACCAAUAUUAUGAAACAAUACCCAGCAGAGUUUAUUGUGGUCUUCUUAUACAACUUGACUGGGACUCUCAUAUCUACACCAAUUUGCUUGCUAUUAGAAGCCAAUCUGAGCUCUUGGAAGAUAAAUUGUGAUAUAACAUUGAUCGCCAUUAUAUAUUCGGGUUUCUUUUCCACGGGCCUAAGUAGUUUGGUUCACACAUGGGGCCUCCAUCUUAAAGGCCCAGUUUAUAUAUCAAUCUUUAAGCCUUUGUCGAUAGUCGUUGCUGCUGCUUUGAGUGUUAUAUUCCUCGGUGAUGCAUUAUAUUUUGGAACCGUUGUUGGAGCAGUGAUACUCUCAUUUGGGUUUUAUGCUGUCUUAUGGGGGAAAGCAAAAGAAGAAGAAUUGACUGUAGUGGACUUUGAUGAUAUACGUCCUCCUUCAAAUACUAAGAGUCCUUUGUUGCAGAGCUACAAAGUGAAAGAUGAAGAUAACCAAAAUAUUUAACUAUAUUGUAAUUUUAUUUGAAAUUCCAAAAAAAACAAAGCAUUGUGACAUUUUCUAUUUCUGAUUAGAGUGAGAAUCUAAUGCAUAUCAAACAUCUUGAUCCUUA